AUGGCAGGAGACGGCUCAGCGACUGCGCCGGGGGGGCAGCAAGAGAGCCUGGAAAGGUUACUGAACGAUGAACGAAACCUGCGCAGCUUUACCGAGCAAGUCCUGGAUUGUCGGCAGAUAGAACUCGAAGUUGCAGAGUCAGAGAACAAGAGACUCUUCAAGAAAAUCGACCAGCUGGUCAAGGAAUUAUCGGAAUCCAAGGCGCAGCUAUUCGAAGCACGAGCGCAGGUGAAGUCAAAGGACCGGAACCUGCAAGAGGCUGGUGAUCACAUAUUCCGACUUCAGUCGCAACGGGAAGACAUUACUGAGUCGGACGCCAGAGACGCGUACAGGGCACUUUGUGACAGAAUCCAACGAUGGGUGGAAAACAGGCUGCCGGUCACCUUGGAAGCGGCGUCGUCAGGCCAAACAAAGAAGCCACCGCCGGCGCAGGCAACGAAAUUCCUCUCCUUGCUCCGUGAGCCAGCAAAACGGUGUCUCUCUGUACACCUCAGCGACGAGUACCACGUCGUGGCGGCCAUCUUGUACUAUCUAUGGCUGGCCUUCUUCUCAAAGCCAUUCUAUUGCCCGCUUGAUGACUCUACAGAAGAUGCAACGUUGUUGUGGAUUCUUGGAACUGAAUCAGCCAUGGCGAAAUCUCGAAAUGCCGAGCAUUGCCGCGAAUGGAGAAGCGAAACCCUGUUGGCGUUGUGCACCCAAAAGUCUUUCAAAUCUAGACGAGAAUCGUACAUCUAUCUAAUCUCCAAGGACCUGUCAUCGUAUCUAACACCAGUGUUCCCCAAAAUAUCACUCGUGGAGCUCCAAAACUCGCUUCGAAAGGCCGUGGUCCAGCCUGCAGCCGAUCUUGCUCAUAGACUACACACAUCAGUCAACGUCUUUUGGCUGAAGUGGCCGUUGAAAACUGCCAGCACACGGCUCGAAGUUUAUGAAUGCUUCAACUUGGCCGAUGGCGGCCGGGUAAUGGACCUGGGCGGCACAUCGCCCGAGUCGCCCAGUCGACGCAACAUCAGAUACAUGUUUGACAUUGCCCCCGGGCUGUUCGUGGAGAGGGUGGACGGGGGAAGGAAGUUGCCUCUCAAGGCCAUCUGUCGACCAAAGGUGCUCAUACACAGCAGCGAGAGCCACGUCUCCCACCGGGCAACGCUCUUGACGUGGCUGUAUAGUGCCACAAAAGACAGCUGA